UGUAUCAAUGGCGAUGGCGUCUUGGAGCCCCAGCUCUGUGCGGUGCUCUCCCUUGCCGCCUAAGCGAUUGCGGCAUCCGGUCGCCUCGGUGAUGGAGUGCAAGAUCCGGGAAAAGCUUGGAGCAGACAAUGUUGUGGUCAAGGAUGCGUAUGGCGAUGGAGAGUAUCUGAGCAUCAGCGUCGUUGCAUCGGUGUUCCAGGGAAAAUCGAAGAUAGAUCGCCAGAAGAUGGUCUACAAAGCUGUGUGGGAUGAAGUGAAAUAUCAGGAGCACGUUAUUGAGCAAAUCAGGAUGGAGACUCCUGAAGAAGCGUCGGGAUUGGAGCAGACACAUCUCUAAAUCCAGGAUAUAUGAAAGACUUAGUUCCCCCGUUGUGUGUAAAAGUACCUUGUACCCUGGCUGCCGCGGCUGCAAUGUCAAAUGAAUCAACAAAAGCAACUUUUGUUCGCUGCCGCGCGGUAUUUAGUAUUUUUAUUCUUAUCACAUUGCAUGUGUUUGGCAAGCUUUAACAUGUCUUUGUCGAAUUUUCUUGGCAUGUGAGCGGGAUGUGAUCUGCGAAGAUCUUUUGCAAGGUGUACGACAGCGCAGUAAGAAUUUUGGACCUUAGCUUAAAUAGGUGUCUUAUUAAUCACGGUCAUUAGUCAGAACACUAGUUUGAGCGAUGCCAUUGGAAAUCACGUUCGCAACUUUUGCAGGAAAAAAAAA